UGAUCACAAAAAGUGAAAAAGUUCCAAUGGCCAUGUGGCACGCGUCUGGCUUUCAAGUAUUUACAAGCACAACUGCCCAAGCACCUUGUCUUUUCAUUUUUCAACCAUUUCUGAUUUCUCCAUCAGCCUUAAUGUUAAUGAUCAUUAAUAUUCCAAGAAAUAAAAACACAUGCAUCAAAGAGAAUCCUGAAAUCAACUGAAAAGAAGAAUUCAUUAUCUAACUAACUGGAAGAUUUGCUUAUCCAACUGUUUAACCUGUUACGAACGACUUCAUCUCGUCCGUCAGUAACAUGGCAAAUUCAUCCAAAGUCAAGGCAAGAGAAAUUCGAAGUGGAUUAUUUAACAUCAGAUGGGAAAUAACAGAAAAAAUCAAAGAGAAGAGUUUCUGUUGUGAUUAUUUUACGCUCAAUGUAUUAAAGUCAUCCUUAACUUUUGACAUGAUUUUUGAAAAUUCCCUUACACCAAUAAAAAAUUUUGCUAUUAAGAAUGUCAGCCAAGAAGAACUUAAAAGCGAAAGUGAAAAAGAAUCAGUUAACAAAGAUGAAUCAGAAGAUAAUGCUGAUGAAGAUGACAAUGGGAAUGAUCAUGCCGAUGAAGGUGAAACUGAGCCAAAACAGAAGAUAGAUAAAAGUUCUUUCCAUCCCCUCAAAACUGAAAUUUGUCCUAUGCACAUGUGGAUUUACACCUUUGAAUCUGCAACAGGAAUGGAACACAAACUUUUGAAAAAUGCUACUGAUGAAUGGAGAGUGGAGUGGAUUAGCUAUAAAUUGCCUGACUUCAUCAAUCUUUGGAUAGAUUUCGGGACCCAGUCACCAAUAGAAAGAAACGUCAUCAAAACAAUGAGUGGCCUUGCCAGUAUGUUUUACGAUCAACAUCGGUGUGAUGUCCAAUUUCGCUUCAAAGAUGGAAAAUCCAUUGGUGCCCACAUCUUAAUUCUUUCAAUCGGCAGCCCAGUGUUCUCUGCCAUGUUCCAGUCGGGUCUCUUAGAGUCUCAAACGCGUGAAGUGACCAUCACUGAUAUUGAAUUGGAAAUAUUCCGGCAACUUCUCGACUACUUAUACACUGGCAGCGCACCCAAACUCGCAGAUGAAAACAUCACCAAACUACUCUUCGAGGCUGCGGAUAAAUACUCCGUCGAACAUCUUAAAAAUGAUUGCCUCGAAGCUCUGCAGGAACGAGUGAGACUCCACAACGUCGUCAACUUAUUAAUUUGGUCGCACUUCCGAUCAACAAAACCACUUUUUGAUAUGGCGUUGGAUUUCAUCGUUAACAAUUUUCGCAAGCUCUUUGUCCAAGCCGACUUCGAGGACUUCUUGAAGAACUAUCCGGAUUUGUGUUUGAUGGUCAUGAAACGUGUCGCUCUCCUUCCGUGUCAAUGCGACCCAGAUGAAAUUUACAAAAGAGGAAACAAUCCUUCUCAGUCGUUCGUCCGUCCGUUACAGGCUCGGUUAACAGUUGUGCCCAAUCUAUCCCGAUCCACCCGAUCCGUUUAUGUAUGCCUACUCGAUCAUUCCGAAUGAAGAGAAAGGUUUUUCUUUUCCUUGUCUCAUUAGUUUCUGUCAUAAAUUUCCUAGCUCCUUUUGUUUUGUCGCAGUUUUGCAUUGUCGUCGACGAAUUGUAAAUUUACUGCAAAGAUUGCAUCUUUAGAUAUUCUCGAAUUUCUUGUUUGUGGUUCUGCUGCUUUUAUGCAUGUUUGAACAUAGCAAUAAAUAACCAAGGUUGACAUGUUGUAA